AUGACACUCGCGGCAGCUGAUGGCGAAUACAAUGAGAAAGAAAAAGAAUGGAUAUUAGGUUACAGAGCAGCACUAGGUGCACCAGCCGACUUGCUUGCCGAACUUCAGAAGUAUGUACCAAAUGCUGAAGAUUGGCAUGAUUUACUAAACAAUAAAGAUGUAUUUGUUGGACAAUCCAGACGAGCACUCAUCUACGAUAGUUUCCAUGCGGCAUCGGCCGAUUGA